CAGACUCCUCAGACUUCAGUAGUUGGUCUGCCAACUGCUGUAUCUGUGUUUGGUGUUUAGUGCCAGGAAGAAAAGAGAAUUUCAGGCCAUUGAAAGACUCUCCCUUCCAGGCCCUGCUGAAAAGAGUUUGGCCUGUGCCAGGAAAAGUUUCUCCAGUGCAAUGGAGACUCUCAGUGAAAAAGUUGCACAUGGGGAGGAGAAUAUUCAAUAUCUGGUGUUCAAUGGACCAGUGGAACUCAGAAGAGGUUGUAGCAGUAGGAAGUGUCAUCUCCAUUUGUACAGAGACUUCUUGGUUGUGACUAAUAGUCGGUGUAAGAUAAACUUUAAGAUAAAAUACAUCAUCCCGCUGAGUGCCCUGUGGAUGGGGGAGUGUGUGGUCACUGACUUUGUAGGCCCCAGUCGGGCCAGGAAAUCCAUUCUCCUGGGAUGGCCCAUGGAGAAUUUCGUGGCCACCUUUCGUUCCUCAGCCAAAAAGAGAGAGUGGUGGACUGUGCUUCAGAGAUCCAUUGAUGAACAUAAGCAGAAAGACAGUGGAAAGAGUAUCACACUUGAGAUACUCACAGAGGACAUCCCAAGCUGGAACACUUCAUUCACUGUAACAGCAGCACGACUGGACACAGUGAAUGAUAUCAUCAAAAAGUUACGACCAAUGCUGGGAAUACCUAAUUCUGAGGAAGAUUAUCAACUGUGGUUCUCUUCUAGCCAGGAAGAAACACCAAGCCCACUCCUGGGGCAUGAGAACCCAUAUGCCAUCAGAAUGAGUGAUCUUCGAAAUUCUACCUAUGUGGCAGUGGGGCCAAGAGAUUACACUGAUUAUCUUGAUAUCAACAAGGCCAUCCAGGAGCUGCAGUCCCCACAUAAGCCAGGACUGUUCAUCCUGAAGCCCAAGGACCCACCCAAAGACCAGAGCCAUUCAGAGAAAACAGUUAGAAGAAGAUGUUCUUUGAUCAACUGGAUUUUUCGGCGAGGCCCUGACUAUGUUCGUCUGGACACACCAGGACCAAACACUGGAUGUUUUGGAAGGACCCUCAUGGACACUGGUGAAGAUGGUGAACUGUCUGCUACAGUUCUGUGACUAUGAAACAACCUCUUGAUGCAAGACCAUUGAACGCCACACUGUCCUGCACAAGGGACAACUGCAGCAGGCUGUCUGAGGCCCCAUCUGGACCAACUCGUUUAGCUAGCUGUCCAUAAUUUUUUCCCUCAUUAGAGACUAGAAUCCCUGUAACCACAUAUAACCUCUUUCUUCAUUUAUUGUCACAGUAUUCUUCUGACAACUGUUUUUCAAAAUAGUGACAGGAUUUGUUACGACUUUGUUUGCAUCCUGUCCGUACGGAAAUAGCAGAAUUCUUCAACAAAGGAAUCAAAACACCGAGCAUAAACUAAAAGAAGCAUCUGAGUUGACACCUCCUUCAAUCUAUUCACAGCUGAGAAAAAUCUGUCUCCCAAAUAUCUCCUCUGUUUUACUAUUUUAUAUUAUUUGAGUUCUAUUUAGUAUACUAUAUGAAUUAGAUUCAUUUGCUUAUGUUGUAUUACAUGUAUUCUUUAUUGUAAUAAUAAA